UUGCAUAUAGUUAUAUUAUCUGUACCAUACGUUGUAAAGACAACAUGCUGCAAUUUUCUGUUAGAAAUAUAGUUUUUACUGCUGUGGUAGUAAUCAAUGUCUUAAAACUCUCAAAAUGUUGCCACGCUCCUUCCAGAAACAAAAGACAAACAGGCAGUGUGACGUCACAAGUAGAAGCAACGACACGCAUGAGAGAUUUCUUCGUUAGUUGCCUAAGGUCAAAGGUUGGAGAUAUAUGGGACUGGGAAAGUGUUAUAGAUUUCAGCGUGCUUGAUUCGGCUUGGUACAAAAAUACGGACGAAAUACACUGCAGAGCAGACGACAACAACGACACCGCCGACUGUUGGAGGCAACGACUUGGGGCUUUUAUCUCGCCUGACUCUUUCCUCGGUUCCCCAACCACUGACUGUAUUGUUGAAUUCGCAACAGGUAGGUCAACUUCAUUAAGUGUUGGAAGAAAGAAGCGACAAGCAUUUCCUACCGUACGAAGGUGUACGACAUACUUCGCAAACGCUCCAACCACCCGUUUGUACAAUACUUGCACAACAGACAACGUUGUUCUUCCUUCGGAUCGAAGACGGUUAGACUUCGCAUCGUUGACCGAGUUCGUAGCAGAUAACACUCUUUGCACAUCAGAGUUAGCGGAAUGUGGGCCCAACAACGAAGAGACGAUUACUACUGGCGAUAAUUCUGUGCCGUCAUGGCCGUUCCUUUUUGAGGCUAUUUCUCUGGACACAUCUCCCGUGAAAAGUGUGGCGACAAGCUGUAACAGAAUAUUCCCAACUGCGCGGAAUGACGAAUCCCGCUGUGGCCAAUGGUUAAACUGGAGCCCUUGCGCGGCAGGAUUUCGAUCACGUGGUCGGACAUGCCCCGCUGAUUUCAGGGGCAAUAGAACACAAAGGAGAAGGUGCCAAACCAACAGACCAGGUUGCGGAAACAGACUCCUAAGCAGUUAUGCGUUCUAUCGCUUAAUCGGUUUAUUCAUGGGAUAAUAUAGUAGGAUAGGGGAAUAUGGAACACCUUUUCAUUUAAUUUUCUUGUCCCGUUUGGUAGCUAACAAAGAACUUUCAAAGAAUUAUAUAACGUAUCCUCGCGACUUUCAUAGACUGUUGCUGUAAUUGUUUAUAACACGAUACGGAUUAUGCGCUUAGGGUGUCCCAUCUUCCCCCACAAUACCACAUAUCAAUUUUUACAAAAUUUUACGGAAGUUUUGAUUUACGAAAUGCUCAACAUUAUUCUACCAACUUUGUAAAAGACUUAAAUAGUGUUUGGAAUUACUUUUUACUUACCAAAGUUUAAAAUAUCUGGACUUGUGUUACCUGCCACUUUGGUAGUACUUUUGCAUGUAACGUGAAUGUAACCUCCAAAGAAUAUUUAAGUUUUCGAAAUAGUUUACCACGAAGAGUUCUCGGGUUAAUACAAAAACCGAUAAGAAAA